AUGCAGGCGGGCACGGCAAAGGUGCGACGCUUCAAUACCUGGAAUUCUCACAGGCACGUCUUCGAGGAGAUGCAGAGGCCGGGUACCCCGCUCUACAACAUCAAGGCUUACCUCCCUGUCAUUGAGUCCUUUGGGUUCUCCAGCCAACUGAGGGCUGCAACCUCUGGUCAGGCGUUCCCCCAGUGUGUCUUUGACCAUUGGGACAUGAUGGGCUCUGAUCCUUUGGAGGCUGGCUCCCAGGCUGCUCAGCUGGUGCUGGAUAUCCGCAAGAGGAAGGAUCUGAAGGAACAGAUGACCCCUCUCUCUGAGUUUGAGGACAAGCUCUAA